ACAAAGCAACAAGCACCUUGGUAGCUCCGAUCAUCUUCAACAUAAACGCGUCCAACAACAUCAGUACUGGUGCAGUCAUCGGGAGGACAAACCCUUCAUGCAAACUGCUCCUACUAUCAACAAGAAGAAGGGAUUACUGGAUUGUUUCAGUUGUAGGACAAGAGAGAUGAUGAUGGCCAUGCGAGGUCCUCUGCAACUGACAGUUGCACUUAUUAAGCCUGAUGUUACUCGAGUGCCUCACAUCUUGCAAGGCAUACGCAACAGGAUAAUACAAGAGGAGUUCCUGGUUGUGCGGCAUAAGGAGAUCCGGUUGCGUAAACAAGAAACUGAAAAUUUUUAUGCAGAGCAUCGAGAAAAGUUUUUCUACAAUAGACUUGUAACUUUUAUGGCAAGUGGCCCCACCCAGGCUCUUAUAUUAGCCCAUGAAAAUGCCAUCCAACGAUGGAGAUUGCUUAUGGGACCUACUAAAGUAUACAAGACUAAGUAUGAAGCACCAGAUACCAUUAGGGGCAUGUAUGGCCUCACUGAUACCCGUAACUCGACCCAUGGCUCCGAUGCAGAGGAAACUGCAGCAAAAGAGAUGAAGUUUUUCUUUCCAGAGUUCUCCAAGGAAGAAUGGUAUGAAGACGAGGAAGCACAGUUUCGUAAAGGACAAAUACAAUUAGAUGAAGUCAGUUUUAUUCAUAAAUUAUUAUGAGUUUUUUUAUUUUUUAAAUCAUACUUCGACUAUCCUAUAAUUUAUACAUAAAUCAGCAUGAAAAGCAAAUUCAUUAUGAAUUACAUUUUGUACAAAUUAGUUCUUCACAUAUUUCUGCUCCUCGGUUGUCUAAACAAAGAAAGGAAGUUUGUUAGUUUCGAUAGUUUGUGAACAUUUCAAAGAGACGUUAACUCCAUUUUAAAGUUAAAAUCCAAUGUAGAUCCCCAGAACAAUGCAGAGUUCACAGUACACUGAUUUUAGAUAGUAUUGUCUGGUUUUUGUGCCCAUGAUGCUAUGGACAUAAUGGCUCCAUAUGGAAGAGGUGGAGUUUACAUAGAUCCAUGACAAAAAUUCUGCCAUUUCAUUAUUGCUUACUAUGCAAAUACAGUUAUCUUCACAAAUGUUACCAUGCCACUGUGGCAAUAUUAUAAUUACUGUAUGUGAUUUGUUUACUGAUUUAUGUUCAUAUGAUUUUUACAACUCUGUGGUUAUAAUGAAGUAUACCAUGUCAAUCACCAUUUGUAUUAUCAUGUCUAUUAGGGGGACUGCUAUCAUGACUGUUGCAACUGUUUGGGUUACUGAGGACAUCCAGUGAGGCCCUCCACUCACAUUGUCGUCCUCCAAGUGACAACAUUUCCACAUUACAUUCUUACACCCUCACCCACUCCCAACAAUGUUGUAUAUGUCCCCCCUCUCAUGUGUUUAAAAUAUAUGUAAUGUAUGCAUCUCAA